GUGGUGGUUCGCCGUUCAUGGCUCUUCUCGGUGGCUGCAGUCAUCGUGGCCCGCGUCGAGUGUAGCGCAUGUCGCCAUCUAGCGACCCUACAACACCGCAAGUCCACCGUAGCCAAGUGAGCGCCAGGAUCUAAUCUUAGCGCGGCGAGCGCCGAAAACGCGUGCCACGAGCAGAAUUGCCGCAUUGGCCCUCGCAAUAACCCGUUUGCGGAUGGUGGACAAGUCGGAGCUGGUCGCGUUCGAGCGCGAGAAGCGCCUGUACAAGGACGCAUACGUGGAGAACUUCCGCUCGGUGCGCUACUUCCCGUCGCUGGCCACCAUCGGCGCCGGCAAGACCGACGGCGACAGCAUCGUGCUCGUGCAGGAGCCGCAGCUCCCCACCGCGGCUGCCGCCGCCGCCGAGAGCUCGCCGCCCCGAGGCAGGUACGACGACGUCGCGAGCCGCCUCAUCCCGCCCGACUCGCUGGAGGAGAUCUUCGACGCAACGCUGCCGCUGACCACGUUCCGCUCCGCCAUCAUGUGCAAGCACGCCAAGGCCCGCCAGGAGCGGCGCGCAGCGGCGGCGGCGGCCGCGUCUGCCCAUGGAUCCACGCGCUCGCAGCAGCCAGGCAUGUUCAAACCCACCAGCACCGUGGAGGCCAAGGGCGCCAUCCAGCGCAAGGUCGCGUACGACGGACAACCAUUCGAGGACAAGCCGUACUCCGCCCGAUCGGUCACGGCGCGCGUAGACGCGCCGAUGUGGGCCAACAACAACCCGGCGAGCGCGCGGCGGGAGAUUUGCGGCCGGACUUUCUUCAAUGUGCCGGCCGAGGGCCCCGUCAAGGCCGACCGCAGCUACACGCAGGAGUUCAUCCGCCUCAGCAUGGAGGCCUACCACGCCGGCCGUCGCCCCGCCGGCGGCGCGGACGCCACCUCUGCCAAGCGAGACUCGCGGCGCGACUGCUAA